UUUGGCUCAACUGGUUUUUUUGGACUCUAGAAGUGGGUGUGCCCUCGUGCCUAUCUCUCUCUCUCUCUCCCUCUCUCGCCCGCUCCCUGUCAGUCUCUCCUCUCUCUUCAGCUGAACACAAGUGUCAACGGACGGCAAAAUGCAUUUGGCAAAUUCUUUUAUCAAAGGCCUGGUUAAUGUUGUGAGCAACAUCGACCCGGCUCAGUUUAAGCCUUCAGCCCCACCCCCGCCCCGCAGACCUUUGAACUUCGCCGAGUCUCACGACACCGAAGAGGACAAACAGUUUCGUAGAGUUUUCCAACAGCUGGCUGGAGAUGACAUGGAGGUGAGUGCCGCUGAGCUGAUGAGCAUCCUCAACAGAAUCAUCAGCAAACGUGAAGACCUGAAGACGGACGGUUUCAGCAUCGAGUCCUGCAAGAGCAUGGUCGCUGUCAUGGACAGCGACAGCACAGGUAAACUGGGCUUCGACGAGUUCAAAUACAUGUGGAACAACAUCAAGAGAUGGCAGGCUGUGUAUAUGAAAUUUGAUGCUGAUAGGUCAGGAACGAUCUCCUCUGACGAACUGCCAAAAGCCUUCCAAGCUGCAGGUUUCCCUCUGAACGACGACCUCUUCAAGCUGAUCAUCCGUCGCUACACCAACGAGAGCGGCACCAUGGACUUUGACAACUACAUCGGCUGCCUGGUGCGACUGGACGCCAUGUGCAGAGCCUUUAAAACUCUGGAUAAAGACAACAGUGGCACCAUCGACCUGGACAUCAAGGAGUGGCUGCAGCUGACCAUGUAUUCAUGAGGCGGAGACGGGAAGCUACUCUGCUCUUCUUUCAUCUCAUCCCUUUCUCCCUCUCAUUACAUGUGUGCAAGGGCGUAGGUUUAGUUUCAACAAUGGGGGUGGUGUGGGGGUGGGUGGGACACAUUAUUAACCCGGGGUCUCUGGGGGUUUGUGCCCCAGAAAAGUUUGAGAGUCAAAAAACUUAAUUUCCUGCACUCAGAAAUGAAUCCGUAAAAUAUUCUAGCAGCUUAUAAUUUAUGGUCCAAUUACAUAUUUGGAUUAUCACAAAAAAAACAUAGCAUUUCAACAUUUUACUGCACAAUACAUACUUUUACUUUAAGUACUUCAAUCAAUUUUGCUAAAAAAACAGAGGUGAAAAGGUUUCUACUUAAGUAAAAGUACUAUUACUUUGAGGAACUUUUACUGAAGUACGAGUUAAAUUACCGGUAAAUUGACUUUACAGCAAAGUACUCAGAUUUUGCAAUGAUAAAAAAUAUAAAAAUAAACUGACAUUUUGUGUGUAGCUCCAGUAAAAAUACAGAACAUUUUGUGUUAUAUUAAAUUCUCUCAUACAACGCUGCUCGGUCAGUAAACUUACAAAAAUAAUUGUCCAAAGAACCCCAGAAAAAAAAAUUGACCACGUGGACUUAAUCUCCCAAAAACCAAUCAUAUAUUUUGAAGGGGACAAAUCUACCUCUUCUAAAUAUUGGGGGGAGGGGAGGGACAUGUCCCCUGCCUUCCCCCCACCCUAAUCUACGCCUAUGCACGUCUUGGUUGUCUCUAAAGUAACAGGGAGCAAAAUGUCGGCGCAGAGCUAAAGUCAAAGAUAAAGAAAAAUCUAACUGGGACCAAAGAUGUUGCCGUUGCACUGUCCUGUCCUGCUGCUGCCAGGCGGUGGCGCUAUUACAUUCCCAUGUUGUGGCAAUAAAGUUGAAUCUAAUCUAAUGUUACAGAUUUCUAUAUUUAAAUGUGUAUUGCCAAUUUUGAAAAGGUCUUGAUUUUUAUCCGAAACUGAAUAAAUUGACAAAACUGACGUUAAA